UUGAAGCGAUCCACCCGCCUCGGCCUCCCAGAGUGCUAGGAUUACAAGUGUGAGCUACCUCGCCCAGCUUUGUGCCCUGAUUUCUGCGUUGGAGAAUGUGGCUUAUAACAGUUCUGUCUCAUAGAUUUAGGAUAAUUUGAGUUAUAUACAAACAUUUAAAACAGUUCUGGGUAAACAGUAAGCACUACAUAAAUAUUCAUUAAAUAAGAUACAAACAAACAUGCCAGCUUGGGAAAACCAGUAGGCAAAGAAGUCAGGAAAUUCCAAGUUCAUUAUCAAAGCUCUUCACUCAGAAGGCUUUAAUCCAGAUGCCCUUGUUGUCUCCUACCCUUGCUGCCAUCCCAGCGUCUCCAGGCAGUAAGUAGAAAUAAAGCUCCUAUCCCACCUCUUGAGCAUUUUCCCCUCCCUAGAAGGCCCAUAAUCUCCUAGCAUGUCAUCCCCCUCUCCUCAAAAGUGAUUAAGGGGCCAGGCUCCAAAGAAGAUUAAAGGAACAGUUUGUGGGGUGCAUUGGGCAGAAGUACUCUACUGAGUUCAACCACCUUGUACUCUUAAGAAUCACCACCAUGGCCCUUGUGCCUGGGAGCAGUGAGGAGGAUGGGCCUUGGGCUAGAGAUAGCCCAGGCUCCUCCAAGCACCCAGAAAGUCCCAGGCUGACCAACCCUCUCUGGAAGGACAGAAGAGAGAUUGGCAGGGUUGAAGGGCGCCAGGAUAUUCAGGUUAGUACCUAUCCACCUAGUGUCUUGCAGCUGGCUUAUCCUCCAAUUUGCCCCAGCCUCCCUGCUGUCUCUACUCAGGUUGUUUCUCAAAAGUCCCACCUGCCCUCUAUUGUUGUGGAAGCCUCUGAGGUGAAUGAAGAAGAGAGUGAGGAUCUUCAGUGGCCCCAUGAGGAGCUGCUGCUGCUUACAGAUGGUGAGGAAGAGGAGGCUGAGGCCUUCUUCCAGGACGAAAGUGAAGAGCCAGGCUGGGCUUGGAGCCCACAGAACCCCAGGUCACCCUUAAGAACAUUUAAUGUUGGACUCAGCUGGGGGCAGGAAGAGCAAGAUGCCUCCUGGAUUCCUGAGGACACAGAGUGUCUGGAAGCCCCCAACCUCUGUUCUUUUUGGGACCCAGCAAUAAGCUCCCAUGCCUGCAGAAGCCGCUUUGUGGAAUAUUCUCAUCUUCUGCCUCCCAGUAGCUUUGAGGGUAAGUAUUGUUCUCUCUCCUUCAAACAUUUCACCUAG